UUUAAGAUUUGUUUAUUUUUUUCGAAGCACAUAUAAAUCAUAAGGAAUUUAACAAGAUACAAUACCCACUUUAAGAUUUUCCCUAACCUACGAGAAUGAUCCUAAAAUCGGGAAAGGCCUGUGUGCUUCUAAGAACCCGUUUGCCUUUUGGUCUGUAUAACCUGAGAAAGAUGUCAGCUGUGCAAACCUUUAAAGCGGGAUUCUGGAUGAGGAAUUCCUUAGCUGAGGCUAUCCCUAUCAAGAAAUCGCAAGGUUUUGGGUUCACCUCUCAAAACACGGAUGGGUUGACCCAAGCAGGAUCAUGUAUUCGAAGCUAUAGUACCGAAUCAGCCUCCACACAGACCACGGCGACUAUAAAACUGAGUAAAAGGGAGCAACUGAAGCGGGCCUUCAAGGAAUAUGGAGCCACCAUUGUGGCCUUUCACAUCGGCAUAUCCGUGAUUUCCCUGGGAGGCUUCUAUCUACUCGUGUCCAGUGGCAUCAACCUGAUGCCCAUACUGGACUUCCUGGGCAUAGGAUCAUCGGCGAUUGCCGAAAAAGUGGCCACCGGAAGCACCUUUGUAGUGGCCUUUGCCGUGCACAAGAUCUUUGCUCCAGCCAGAAUUAGCAUCACAUUGGGUACAACACCAUUUAUUGUGCGCUACUUGCGAUCCAAAGGACUGCUGAAGCCUAAAACUGGAAGCACUUAGAGGCCUGAACUUGCAGUUUGCACUUUUAAAGUUAUCUUACUUGACUGUUAAAAGGCAACAAUCCGAAAAGUAUCUAAAAAUAAAGCACUUCUGCAAAGAUA